AACUUUUAUAAGGCAGUGAGGUUUUCUAUUGCUUCAAUAAUUGCUGUAGCCUUUUUUGAAUACCCAAACCCCAAAUCCGCUUCCAAUUCAGCUGCAGAUUUUCCGAUGGAGCUUCCGGAAUCCGUUCCUCCUCCAGCUCCUCUCUCCGAGAAAAAGGAGAAUGUGACGCCGAUGAAUCCCAAGAUAGCGGAAUUGGCCGAAUCCCGGCAGGAGCUUGUCAGCAGAAUACAGAAUCUUAAACAGGACCUCCAAAACUGGAGAAUGAAGCUGGAUACGCAAGUUAAGGUUUACCGCGAUGAGCUCUCAGAUCUUAAGAAGUCACUAAAUACUGAAGUUGAUCAGCUACGAACAGAAUUUCAAGAGCUGAGGACUACUCUCCAACAGCAGCAGGAAGACGUUGCAGCCAGCCUAAAAAAUCUAGGGGAUGAUCUUGGAGAACCAAAGGAGCUCGGAGGCACGAGAGACGUGGAAGCCAACAAGAGUAUAGAUCAAGAAUUACCAAAAGACGAGGGUAAAGCAACUCAUCAAUCAUGAUUCAUGAGUAGAUUGAAUUCUUCCUCCGUUUACUAUUGGGGAUGACUUCUUUUGCCAUCCCAAAUUUUUAUGUGUCUGAACUCUCUUCUCAAUUUCAUCACGUGACAUUAAGCCCUCUAUCACUAACAGUGAUGCUAAUAUAUUUCCAUCUAUCCAAAUUUUAAAUUAUUUAGUCA